AUGCAGUUCUGGUUUUGUUUUUCUUCUGCUGAGAGUGGUGUCUUCUUAGCUUCCAAAAAUGAUCAACAAGGUUGUGUGAUGACUGGAAAAGCAACAACAUCAGCUGUUGCUUGGAAUACAAUUGUGAACAACCAAAAAGAUACCAAUUCAGUGAAAUAUUCACCAAAACGUUCACGAAAUCUUUUAUGGGAAUACAAAUUGAGUGAUAUCUGGCAAAAGGACAGUAGCAUUAAAUCUAAUUUUGCACCGAGGACUGAUUCUGCAUGGAAUGAUUUUGAAGAAAUAAGUAUGGAACCUUCUACAAACAAAUAUCUUGUAAAUUUUAUAAAAUUUCCUAUGAAUGACCAAGAAACGUGGAUAAGUGCUUCCUUUAAAGUAUCAUCGGAUGCCCAUGUUAUGCUUUGCGAUAAUGAAAAUUUUGCUGACAGCAGAUGUUACAUGGUUAUUAUAUCCGGAUUCAAUAAUACAAAAUCUAUAAUUCGUAAAUGUAAAAAUGGAAUUCCACCUCUAUACCCUGAAGAUUCUUCUUGCAACAUGUCUCAAGCUGAAAAAACUCACUCCAGCCCAAUUUUAAAUGAACGUCAAUGGAAUCAUUUCACUUUUUCGAUACGAAAAUAUUACAAAGAAAUCACCAAAUUCAAUUUAUACCAAGAAAAUAAAGCAACAAGUAGAUUCGAAGAGAUAUUCGAAUAUAAUGACGAAACCCCAUUUGAUGUUAAAUGGUUUGGUGUAAAAAAGUUACUUGGAAAAAGGAUUAUGGAAACUCCAUAA